AUGUCGAAAUCAAAAGCAUUUAUCGCUGAAGAAAUUACAUGUUUAGAAGAGUUAAUUUUAAAGUAUAAACACAUCAUAACAACGAAAAAAAGUGAUUCGAUCACGGUUGCAUUAAAGCAAAAGACUUGGAUGACUGUUGAAAAAGAAUUCAAUGCACAAGGUUUAUUUGUAAAUCGUACUGCUGAUCAAUUAAAAAAAAGAUGGGAGAACAUGCUACAGUCAAGAAAAAAAGAAUUAGCAGCAGAAAAACAAGAAAGAAGAAAAACAGGUGGAGGACAAGUUACAGUUGUGACAAAUCAAUCACCGAUCGAUGAAUUAAUUGACACCUCUGUGAAUUUUGAAAUUCCAAAUGUCAUAGACGGUGAUAAUUUUGAAAUAAUUUAUACUGCUGACACUAAUGAUAAUUCAAGUGAAGAUAACUAUGAUGAAACAGUCGGUAGAUAUUCAUGUGCAAUAUCAAAAAUGACAAAAAUAGAUUACACCUGA